AGGGUUAAAUCAUAAGACUUUCUCGAAAGGGUUUGUCCGCUACGCACUGCCGUAGCAGCUGUAGCAGGACUGUCUUCGGCUGAUCAUGGCUGCUGCCCCAGGAGGCAAGCUGGACAUGAGUAGCGCCGAAGAGGAGGUGGCGGCAGCAGCGGCAACGGGAGAAGAGAAGGAGGAGGAAGAGAAUAUUCUCUAUGACUUGCUGAUCAACACCGAAUGGCCUCCCGAGACUGAAGUGCAGCCAAGAGGCAACCGGAAACAUGGUGCAUCAUUUAUCAUCACUAGAGCAAUUACAGGCCCUGCCCUAUUUUUUCUCCAGUACUUGUGGUACAGCCCCGCAAAGUUUUCUCUCCCCGUUGGACUUGUCCGCCUGGUCAGUAAGCAGAUUAACUGGCAUUUAGUGCUCGCAAGCAAUGGAAAAUUGUUAGCAGCAGUUCAAGACCAGUGCAUAGAGAUAAGGUCUGCAAAGGAUGAGUUUGGGUCUGUCAUUGGGAAAUGUCAAGUUCCAAAGGAUCCCAGCCCACAAUGGAGACGUGUGGCAUGGAGUCAUGAUUGUACCUUGCUUGCCUAUGGUGAAAGCACAGGAACCGUGCGAGUGUUUGACUUGGUCGGCAGUGAGCUCUUGGUCAUUUCACCGGGCACUAGCUUCCCAGGAGACUUGACCUAUGCUAUUGCUGGUUUGAUUUUUCUGGAAUACAAAGCAAGUGCCCAAUGGUCAGCUGAGCUGCUAGUCAUCAAUUACCGUGGUGAACUGAAAAGCUAUCUUGUAAGUGUUGGAACAAAUCAGAGUUUCCAAGAGAGCCAUAGUUUCAGCUUCAGCAGCCAUAAUAUCAAUGGAAUAACUGCAGUAAUUUAUCAUCCUACACACCGACUUUUGAUCACAGGUGGCUGUGAAAUGGACGAUGACAGAGGUGGACGUUCUAAAGCAAGUAGCUGUGGUCUGUCGGCGUGGCGAAUUCUUUCAGGAUCACCUUAUUACAAGCAGGUUACAAGUUAUGAAGAUGAUAUCGGGACUGCCAAAAGAAGGUCAUUCUUCAAGAUUAUGACUCUCAACUUUUACAGCAGACAAGGAAAAGAACAGGAUGGUGUUUUCAAGAUGAGCCUUUCUCCAGAUGGCACUCGCCUAGCAGCUAUUCACUUCUCUGGAAAACUGACUAUCUGGGGGAUUCCCUCUCUGAAACAACAAGGAGAAUGGGAACAAACUGACCAACCAGCGUAUCAUGAAAUCAAACCAGAAUGGAGGCUUUCUCUUGAAAAACGAAAGAAAAUUAAAGAUAAGGAAUCUUUUUACCCACUGAUAGACAUAAAUUGGUGGUCAGAGAAUGCCAUCAUUUUGGCUCGCUGUUCGGGUGCUUUGACAGUGUCAUCAGUGAAGACCUUGAAAAACCUGUUGGGGAAAUCCUGUGAAUGGUUUGAAAGUUCCCCUCAGGUCACCUCUGCUCACGAUGGAGGAUUUCUAAGUUUGGAGUGUGAAGUGAAGUUGGCUCCAAAGAGAUUGCACUUGGAUAGCAGACCUGGUGAUGAAGAUGAAGGAGAAGAUGACUCUGAUUCAGAUGAUGAAACUUCUGCCAAGGCCCGCUAUUUUGGCUACGUGAAGCAAGGCUUGUAUUUUGUGACUGAAAUGGAGCGGUUUGCUCCUCCAAGGAAACGUCCACGCACUAUUAUAAAAAAUUACCGUCUUGUAAACCUGAGAUCCACAACUCCUGAGGAAUUGUACCAAAGAAAGAUUGAUAAUGAAGAAUAUGGAGAAGCUUUGUCAUUAGCUCAAACAUAUGACCUCGAUUCUGACCUUGUUUAUCAGAGGCAAUGGAGGAAAUCAGCUGUUAGCAUUGCUUCUAUCCAGGAUUAUCUGAGCAAAAUUAAUAAGCGUUCUUGGGUCCUUCAUGAGUGCUUGGAAAGAGUUCCUGAGAAUGUGGAUGCUGCUAAAGAGCUGUUGCAAUAUGGCUUAAAAGGAACAGACCUGGAGGCUCUCGUAGCCAUUGGGAAAGGAGAAGAUGGCGGCAGGUUUAUCUUGCCAGGUGAUGUGGACAUUGAUGAACUGCUUUAUGAAGAGUUUUUAACUCCUGAGGAAGAAGCAGAAAGUAGGAAAGAGCGAGAAGCCAUGAAGCGUCAAGAACUUCUUCAAUCAAUAAAGUUAUCCAAGCUAACAUUGGAACAGAAAGAACUUUGCCGGAGCAGGUUGAAACUACUAACCUAUUUGGAUCGACUAGCAACGUAUGAGGAAAUCCUUGGAGGGCCACAUGCUGCUGAACAGAGAUAUGAUGCAGAGUUCUUCAAGAAGUUCCGGAAUCAGAAUAUUGUUGUUUCUGCAAGAACAUAUGCUCGGGAAAGCAAUGUAAGAGCCCUGGAGAUUUUGUUCACGUACCAUGGAUCAGACUUGCUUCCACAUCGGUUGGCAAUUCUCUCUAAUUUUCCAGAGACCACCUCUCCACAUGAAUAUUCCUUUUUGCUGCCUGAAGCUUGCUACAGAGAUGGUGCACUGAAGAUUCUUCCCUGGAAUGAACAGAAGCAUAGGGAAGAAGACUGGUGUGAAAGGCCACCGUGCAAGCUGACUGUUGAACCAGCUCGUCAAGAUGAAGGUGACUUUUUAUAUGACACUCAACCUGAAUUGUUGAAAUACAGAACCACUGAGCUUUCAGUAAACCUAGUCACGGACUGGUACUGGAAGCGAGCAGAGGAGAUAGAAAACUACUCUAUGCAGGUGGAUUGUGCUCUGUCCCUCGUUCGCCUGGGCAUGGAGAGGAAUAUUCCUGCUCUUCACUCUCUCUGUGACAAUCUGGUUACACUGGAGACACUAGUUUAUGAGACAGGAUGUGACGUAACUCUGAACUUAAAAGAGCUGCAGCAUAUGAAAGAUAUUGACAAGCUGAGACUCUUGUUGUUAAAUUCAUUGGAAGAAAGGUAUGUGAAGAAUGCUUACCAAUGGAUGGUGCCAUUUCUACACCGCUGUGAAAAUGAAUGUCCUGGCAUUGCUAAUGAGCUUUUAAAGGAGUAUUUGGUAACACUGGCAAAAGAAGACCUGAAAUUUCCUUUGAAAAUCUUUGAACAUUCAAAACCAGCAUGUCAGCAAAAAAUAAUUUCCGAUCAAGACCUGUUGAUGAUGAUUGCGUUAGAAUGUAUCUACAGCUGCAAACGUGAUGACCAGCUAUCUCUGUGCUAUGAUAUCUUGGAAUGUCUCCCCCAGAGAGGUUAUGGUCCUGAAACAGACAUUACUAAUAACCUUCAUGACAAAGUAGAUGAAUUGGAACAAAUUCUUAGUGUAUCAGAACUCUUGGAGAAGCAUGGACUUCAGAAACCUGUAUCCUUUGUGAAAGACACACAAAACAGCCCAGAAGAAGCCCAGAAGCUGAUGAUUAGGUUGACUAGGCACACAGGUCGCAAGCAGCCUCCUGUUAAUGAGAUGCACUGGAUGAGAUUGUUGCAAGAUAUGUUGGAUAUGCAACAGAAUGUCUACACAUGCUUACAACCAGACACUUGCUAUGAGAUUUUUACAGAAAGUCUCCUGUGUUCAAGCUGGCUGGAGAACAUCCAUUUAGCUGGGCAAAUGAUGCACUGCAGCGUUUGGUCAAUAGAUCCCCCACUUAGUGUUGCUUCUAAAGGAAAAACACAAUACAGAGUUUGCUAUGAGAAAAGCGUUGAAUUGGUUUUGGCUGCUAGCAGAGAAUACUUCAAUUCUUCAACCAGUCUGACUGAUACUUGCAUGGAUUUGGCCAGAUCAUGCUUACAGCUUAUUACAGACUGUCCACCUGUUGUUCAAGAGGAAUUGGAUCUUAUUCGUGCUCUUAGCUAUCUUGAAGAAUUUGGUGUCAAAAUCUUGCCAUUACAAGUGCGUCUGUGCUCUGAUCGACUCAGCCUUAUCAAGGAAUGUCUCUUGCAGCUGCCAACAAACUACAAGCAAUCUGCUAAGCUCUUGGGACUUGCAAAUUUGCUGAAGGUUGCAGGUGAUGACCAGAUGGAGAGAAAAGGACAAGUUUUGAUUCUUUUAGUUGAACAAGCUCUUCAAUUUCAGGAUUACAAAGCAGCAAAUAUGCAUUGCCAGGAGCUUAUGGCUUCAGGGUCCUCUAAAAGCUGGGAAGUUUGUAGCCAGUUAGGACAAUCUGAAGGUUACCAGGACAUGGCUGUUCGGCAGGAGCUCAUAGCCUAUGCUUUGACACAUUGCCCUCCUAGUGCCAUAGAACCACUACUGGCAGCAAGCAGUGCUCUGCAAACUGAGAUUCUUUAUAAUGCAGUCAACUAUCAGAUCCAGCCUUCAGAAAAAGGGAAAAGCAUAAGUACCUCCAGACCCACAGGUGGAAUCAAAACAGAGUCCUCUGUAGAGGUUGACACCAGCAUUUCCUUUGGUCAGUCUCCUGACCUACUGCAGUGGACCACAGCUAAAACCAUGAAGGUUCUGUCUAACACAACUCUAACUACAAAAGCUAUGCUGCAUGCUGUCAGUGAUCGACAGUGGUGGAAGAAGUCCCUGACUUACCUUCGGCCAUUGCAUGGUCAAGAGUUUGGAGAUGCAUUAAAAGGCACCACUGGAGCAAAUGCAGCAAUAGAAAAGCAAGGCUGCCAUCCAUUUUAUGAAUCUCUGAUAGAUGAUCCAUAUCUUGCAGAUAAUGAAGUCACUUAUACCACGUAUCAGCACAAUCCUUUGGAAAGUUUUGCAGAAGUAUUGCUGAAAACUGGAAAACUUGCAGAGACUAAAAGUGAAGGGCACAAUCUGUUUCCUGCCACAGAAGUGUUGUUACGGCUGGCCAGUGAAGCUUUACCAAAUGACAUGACCCUGUCUCUUGCUUAUCUACUUGCAUUACCACAGGUGGUAGAUGCCAACAAGUGCUUUGAAAAACUAUCUCCUUCCGCUUUAUCUCUCCAGUUGGCAAGUUAUUACUAUAGCCUGCAGAUCUAUGCUCAUUUAGCACCAUGUUUCAAGGACAAAUGCCAUCCUCUUUAUAGGGCUGACCCCAAAGAAUUAAUUCAGAUGGUCUCAAAGCAUGUUACCCAGUCCAGCUGUGCAGACUGGCCUGAUGAAAUAGCAACCCUUAUUAAGCAUCUCCAGUACUAUAACGAACGGCUCUUGGAUUUCACUCAGGCUCAGAUUCUUCAAGGCCUCGGUAAAGGAGUGGAUGUGCAGAGGUUUACAGCAGAUGGUCAAUACAAGAGGGAAACCAUUUUAGGUUUGGCUGAAACACUUGAAGAAAAUGUGUAUCGGAUAGCUCUUUCCUUGGCACAGCGGUACAGCAUCCCACUCUGGGAAGUUUACAUGACACAUUUGGAAUUCCUUUUCAGUGACAGUGGUUUAUCCACAGCUCUAAUAGAAGACAGAGCUCAAACUCAUGGUCUGUUUGAGACUUUGAACACCAUCCCUGAAGCCUUUCAUGAGCAUAUGGCCAAAUAUGUGUACCCAACUAUUGACGGUAGAGAUCAUCAGCGUUUGCUAUAUUAUUUCACACUCCUUGAGAACUGUGUCUGUCCUGAAUUUGUGAAACACGAUAUCAAACCUGAAACUCAUAUACGUCUACUGAAAAAAUUCAAGGCAGUUGCACCAGGUCUUAAUUACAAAAAACUUACAGAAGAAAAUGUGAACCCUCUGGAAGCUCUGGAUCCUGUCCUCACAAGUCAAAACAUUCUAUCCAUUUCCAAACUUGCUCCUAAAAUCCCAGAAAAAAAUGGAAGGAUGCUAUCCCCAAGCUCUGUCUAUGCCAUCUGGAUAAAAAAACUUUUCUGGAAUGGGGAUCCUCAUCUUAUUAAAAGAGCUCCAGAAACCAUAGCUGAAUGGCUACAUUCGUAUGAUAUCUGUGCCAAGUAUUUUGAUAGACUUCACCCAGGAGAUAUUAUCAAUUUAAUGGAUGAAAUUACCUUUUCCUCAAAGGCUGUCUCCAAGCUGUCAGUUGAUUCCCGGGUAGAGAUGACAAAGAAGGCUAUUAAGUCAGUGAAACACGUUGCUGAAAAAGCUGGGAAAAGGACCUCUGAGGGGGACAACACAGAAGAAGUGGCGAACAGGCACAUCACUUAUGAAGAUGCUUUGAAUCAUCUACAGCAAUCUCUUGCACACCUGGAAACACUUAGCCAUAGCUUUAUUUCUUACCUGAAAAACAGUGACCAGAAUAUACUACAGGAAUAUGGGCAUCAGUAUGAUUUAUCCCGGUCAGAAAAGGAGAAAAUCAGUGAGCAAGCAGUAACUAUGUGUGUAGAUGGUCAGCCCCUGAAUAUGAUACAGAAAUUAUUGGAAGUUGCUGUUGGAGAUCUGGGACUCUCACCUAAAGAUAUAGUAAAGACAGCUGUAAAUCACGUGGUGGGUGCUUUAAGUGAAAAUGGUGCUCAAUCUCCUUUCAAAAAAGAUCCUUUCCAGAUCUUAGAAAAUAUUGUGUCUGCUGUCCACACAAGUGCUGAGAACAGUGAGAAUCUGGUGUCUUCAGAUGAUCUCCUGGCUUGGCUUAGACCUUUCUGUGGUGAUGAUGCUUUGCCAGUGAAGCCCCGCAUUAAAGUGCUGCAAAUUUUGGAGCAGGCCUUUCAUCUUAGUGAUAAAGAUAGCAGGCUGCUUGUAUUCUUCAGAACUCAAGCUGUUCUCAAAGCCUGUUGGCCUCAUACUCAGGUAGAAAUAACUGAUAUUGAAAAUGAAGAAAAGAGAUAUAGUCUCUUCCAGAAACUUUUGGAAUCUAGUAAGGAUCCUGGAGAAUUUCAGCAUUUAGUCAUGCUUUUGCAAGCGUGGCCACCUAUGAAAAGUGCAGAUGUAGCAUGUCCUAGUAAUAACCCUUGGAUUAAAUUGGCAACAAUGAUGCUUAUGACAUGCCUACAGGACCAUAAAGAGAAUACAGGGAAUGAAAUCCUGAAAAUCUGCCGCUCUUUAUAUGAGACAAAGCACAUACUCUCCACACAGUGCAUAAAAGAGCUCUGUUUGCUGCUACUUAACCAGUCCCUUCUGCUGCCAUCCCUGAAGCUGCUUUUGGAAAGCAGAGAUCAAGAUCUUCACUCUGUGGCACUGGAGCAGAUAACAGCUAUUGCUAAGAUUGAUGAUUCCAACUGUGACUCUGAACUUCUUUCCUUGCUCCUGGAUGAGAAAUUAGUUGCGAAAUGCAUUUCCACUGUUUAUUAUCCUCACCUGAUUAACCAUUUGCUGGCCAAGCAAGAGGAAGGAUCCAGGGAUGUAGAAGAAAUAGCAAAGCAACUGCAAGAAGCAGGUUUUGCUGCAGAGGCAGGUUCCCUCCUGAUGGCCUAUAAAGGAACACACCCUGCACUCCGAACCUUUGGAGCAGCCCUCGCUGCUGUUAGGCGUUGGAUUUAAAUGGCAAAGCAUUUCAAGUUAUACUUUGUGCCUAAACUAUGUACUGCUUUUCAGGUGGAAAUCUUUCCAAAGAGACAUUGUAUGAAGGGCUAUCCUUCAAGCUAAUCAUUGCUCCUUAGCGUUCCAUAAAAUCCUGACGUGUAUACUUCCUUGCAGUGUUUCCCAUCCUGUCAGUAGCUCUUUCCAUAGGAAAUAGCUUACAUUAGAAGGUUGGAGUGCAUUUAGUGUAACCUACGAAUGAUAUUCCAGCAAUGCAAGUUUUUGCAAUUUGUGCCAUAAUGAACAGCAACGAUUCUACACAUAUUAGACAACUUAAGAGUUUGCACUUCACUCUGUUUGGAAAUCAGUUGCUAAAUUUAAUUGCAAUCCAUUCUGUUAAUUAAAGGCUUUCUU